AUGCCCCACGCGACCAGAACCGAGCGGGACGCACAGAGCAGCGAGCACUGCGCUCGCGGUACCCAGUGGAGAGCGUCGACGUCUAGCGCAGCCAAAGACCAGUUGCGACGUGACGCCUCGCGCUCAGCGCAUACAAGUCGGCCACAACUCGCCAGCGACCCCACCGCGCUGGGCAGCCCGCCGCGCGCGACCCAAGGCGCACUCGACGCCGCAUCGUCCCAGUCGCAAAGCAGGGCAGCGCAAGCCGCACCAAACGCCCCACUGACCGCGCCCUCGUCGCCGCCCCAUGCGCCGCCGUUGUACGCCAGCAUACCGCUGCCGUCCCAAGUCGCCGGCGUCACCAGGACGAUUCUGCACCCGGUCCUCGCCGGCUCGUGUAGAUACGACCUCUCGCUGCCGCCGCCGAUAGCUUCUCUGGGUCCUUGCAUUUACGAGUCGGCAACCUGGCCUGCAGUACCGUCGCUGGCAAUAGAAAUGCCCUUGCUGCCCUCGCCCAUCGUCGUGCACGCGGCCGCGUACAUUGAGGGGGGGAGUGCCUUCGUAGCCGUCGCAGACGUGCUUGAGGCGUUAUAUGUCGACUUACAGCAGCCCGCCAUCGGAUAUGAGAGGCGGGGCGAGCGAGUCGCGCGACACGUGUCGAGAGGUAUGCUGAUUUCGAGCGAAGACGCCUGCGCGAGAGUUGGGCAGCGAAUCCAAAGAGGAGAGUUGCUUCGAGGUCAAAGAAUGUUCGCGGGACUGUCGCCGUCGCCGCUAGGUGGCGAAGUCUACACCCUUCAUGUUGCCUGAAAUUCCGUAUUGUUGUCUGACCCCAUUAAGAACGUUGCCAGCCAGGACUUGGAGAUGUAUAUAUGUAUCCUUGGCACCUUAUCAUCGAGAGAGAUCUUGAAUGGUUGAGGGCAGCGAGGGAAGCUGGCCUUUCGAGACGAGGGCAAAGGGUUUCGAUGGUGGUUCAGG